CGGCACAACCUCUCGCAUCACAAUCAAAUGUCCAGCGACGAGGAGAACAGCAUCAUGCCGCAGAACAGCGCGGGCCAGGAUAUGCGCAUGAAGUUCCCCCAGUCGUAGAUCGAUCUCAUGUACUCCACGUACGAGAGCAUGGCGAGCAACCUGAAGUACAACAGCCAGGAGCUCGACUCGCCGGCGGAGUAUCGCCAGAGCAGCAACAGCAAUGUGGCGAGUGCGGCGAGUGCGGCGGCGGCUGCUGCCGCGGCGGCGAGUGCGGCCAACGAUCUGUCCGAUCUGCAGGGCCUGGACAUGAGCUCGAGAUCGAAUGCGUCGAGCAACUAUCACCACAACUUCCAGCUGCCAAGCAGUCGCUACCAUCACCACAUCUACGACAUUCUGUCGGACGGGGAGCAGAGCCAGCAGGCGCAGGCCCAGGCCCAGGCGCAGGCACAGCAGGCAAAGGGUGCAUCGGUGGUGCACCAGCAGGAGCACGGACACGGCAGCCAGCUGGCCAUGCAGCAACACCAGUCGGCGGCGGCCAUGCACAACAUGCUGAGCGAGCAGCUGGGCGAGCAGGAGCACGACCAGACCACCUCCGUGGACCUGAGCCGCACGGCCAACUAUGUGGUGUCGUCGCCGCCACAGCUGCCCUACAACCAUCCGCAUCACGACAUGCUGCGAAUGGCCUCGCUGGACCUCACACCGAACACGGCCAACAUGGCCGUGGGCAACAAUCGGUCGUUCCUCUCCUCGCAGAUGCAGCACCAGAGCCGCGACAGUCUCGAGCAUCACCGCCUGCUCUCUACGGUGGAGCAGCACCGAAUUCUGGCCGCCUCAAAUGCCGCCGACCAGCACCGCCUGCUGGUCGACCCCACCGCCCAUCUGCUGAUGGAACAGAACAAUCGCCUGCUGGGCACAGCAGACCAGUCCCGCCUCCUGGGCGAGUCGGCGGCGGCAGUGGCCCAGAAUCGGCACAUGGCCCGCAGCUUUGGGGCCUACCACCAGGUGGCAUCGAGCAACUACCAUCCGGGCGUACGACCGCCGCCUGUGCUGCCGUCGGCCAAUCAUCAUGCCUCGAAUCCGUCUAACUAUCACCCGUUCCCCGCCUACUACUAGGGGCGUGAGGGAGGGGACGGGUAGACUAUGACUAUAUCCUGGGGCCGUGACAAGAGUGCAAUACCUAGAAGGGAUCUGUAGGAGCGGAAGCGGAAGCGGGAGUGGGAGUGGGAGCUCCAUUUCACGUAGUUCAAUUUGAAGCGCAACAAUAACUUUAGUUCCUCCAUAUAUUCCAUAUUCUCCUCCGAAGAUCUCCAUGCCCAUCAUCCGUUCGAGCUCCGAUUUCAAAGCGUGCCAAUCUUUUUAAGUGUUUAGAUCUGUUUAGAAUUGUGUGUGUUUCCCAAAUCUGAUUUUAACACACACACAAAACACACAC